CGGAAUGUUAAGAUGAACAUUAUUGUUUAGGUAUGGUUUUGUGAGAAUUUCAUUCUUCCCCAAGGUCCAAUAGAGAAAUUUCCAAGAAUAUUACAUUGGAUGAAUAUAAAUUUGGGAGACAACUUCAUGAAAGGAGUUAUGGAGACGGGUGUGGUUCAUCAUGAUCUUGAUAUUGGUACAAUGAAGGAUAAGAAGAAUGAGAACGAUGACCAACCAAAACCAAAAAUGAAAGAUGACCAACGAACAACAAAGAAGUUACGUAAAAGAAAACGCAGAGAGAGUUUUAUGCAUACCUUAGACAAUCAAGAAAAUCUAAUUGCAGAACUUAAAAGGAGGUUUGUUGUCUUGAAGUCAGAGUUGGCCAAAGAGAAAGCUAGAAGAAGAAUAACAAAGGAUGGUGGACAGAGUGUACCACAUGCAGAACCGUCCAUGAACAACGGAUUUGAUUCCCCGUGAGGCAUGUCCACCAAUCCACCUCAAAUGAAGACGUAUGUCAGGAUGGGGUCAAGAAGGCGUUACAAGAGCAGAGCGCUUA